CCUGCGUCAUUAGGACCCGUAUUUCCGCUGUUUGUAGUAGCAGCACCGUCAGACUACUGUUAGCCUUCGUUAGCUGUUAUCAGCUGCUGUUAGCUGGUAUUUUAGAAUUGUUCUAACCUUCCUCGGAGUCACUCCGAGUCGUUUUCUCCGGGAUCGGAUUGAAAUGUUUCUUCUCUCCGUCCGGAGCUGCGAACUAACAGCUAGCUCCGCCCUGUAGCUAGCUGCUAGUUGUUAGCCGCUAACUCCUGCAGCGGAGUUCUCCUAUGCGCGGCUCGCGGAGCCUGCUAACUGUGUUAACUGCUAGCUGUGGCGUUUGUGAAUCUGCUUGUUUGUUCGGAUGAAAACACCGAGGAGGAGCUGUUAACGGGGCCAUGGACACACACCUGCAGAGGCUGUAACAGUUUCAGGUGUGAAGGUUCUCAGUCCACCAUCGUCUGAUCCCAGCUCAGAGCUCCGCCUUCUUUCUGGCGCCGCCGCCGGCCGCCAUGCUGACCUAGAAUCAGCCACAGUGGUGAAUUUGUGUGAGCAGAACUAGACGCCGAGACCAUGUCGGAGAACCAGGCCAACAACAACAACGUCCCCCUGAACAACAACAACAACAUGGGACCCAACAGGAUCCGAAACCCCAACAUCAACCAGAACCCGCUCAUCAACGUCCGGGACCGCCUCUUCCACGCCCUCUUCUUCAAGAUGGCCGUCACCUACGCCCGGCUCUUCCCCCCAUCCUUCAGGAGGGUCUUCGAGUUCUUCGUCCUGCUCAAGGCGCUCUUCGUCCUCUUCAUCCUCGCCUACAUCCACAUCGCCUUCUCUCGCUCGCCCAUCAACUGCCUGGAGGGGGUGAGGGAGCGCUGGCCUCGUGACGGCAUCCUGCGGGUCGAGAUCCAGAGGAACUCCAGCCGCGCCGCCAUCUUCCUGCAGCACUACGACUCACCUGCCCUGCAGGACGACCUGGAGGUGGAGCCUGGGGGCGGAGCUCCGGUGCCCGGGCUCAGUCUGGCGGCGCUGCAGGAUGAAGACGAGGACGAGGAGGAGAUGACUCUGGACAUGUUUGACAACAGCUCAGUACAGUUUGAGCUGGACAUUGAGCCCCGCCUGAAGCCGUCUCUGAUUGGAGGUGGUGUUGGAGGAGGAGGAGCAGGAGGAGUGAAUGACAGCCAGGACGUCUCCUUCAGCCAGACCACUAAAGGUAUGCAGCCACUGAAGGACUCAGUGUCUGAGCUGGAGAUGAUGGCCAGAGCAGUGUGGCCUCAGGAGGAGUACAUCGUGGAGUAUUCUCUGGAGUAUGGCUUCCUGCGUCUGUCUCAGAGCACCCGGCAGAGACUCAACAUCCCCGUCAUGGUCGUCACUCUCGAUCCGAUGAAGGACCAGUGUUUCGGCGACGGCUUCAGUCGCUUUCUGCUUGACGAGUUUCUGGGCUACGACGACAUCCUGAUGUCCAGCGUGAAGGCGCUUGCCGAGAACGAAGAGAACAAAGGAUUCCUGAGGAACGUGGUGUCUGGAGAACAUUAUCGCUUCGUCAGCAUGUGGAUGGCCAGAACCUCGUACCUGGCCGCCUUUGUCAUCAUGGUCAUAUUUACUCUGUCGGUGUCCAUGCUGCUCAGAUAUUCCCACCACCAGAUCUUCGUCUUCAUCGUCGAUCUUCUUCAGAUGUUAGAGAUGAACAUGACCAUUGCCUUCCCAGCAGCCCCUCUUCUCACCGUCAUCCUGGCCCUCGUCGGAAUGGAGGCCAUCAUGUCAGAGUUCUUCAACGACACGACAACAGCGUUCUACAUCAUCCUCAUCGUGUGGUUGGCCGACCAGUACGACGCCAUCUGCUGCCACACCAACACCAGCAAACGCCACUGGCUGAGGUUCUUCUAUCUGUACCACUUUGCCUUCUACGCCUAUCACUACCGCUUCAACGGCCAGUACAGCAGCCUGGCGCUGGUCACCUCCUGGCUCUUCAUCCAGCACUCCAUGAUCUACUUCUUCCACCACUACGAGCUCCCUGCCAUCCUGCAGCAGAUCCGAAUCCAGGAGAUGCUGCUGCAGAACCAGCAGGCCGGUCAGAACCAGUCGGCUCUGCAGGACAACCUCAACAACAACAACAGUGCUGCUGCUGCAGGUCCGGACCCCGCCGGCCCCGCCCAGCCGGGCCCUCAGGCUGACUCGCAGCCGUCGUCCUCCACCCCAGCUCCAGGAGCAGCAGGAGGAGCCGGGGAGGUGAGGGCGGAGCUGAACUGGGUCGCUCAGACCGCCGCCAUCAUCACCGAAGCUCUGUCCUCCUCCGUCGACUCCGGAGGAGAAGCAGCGACCGGAGGGCAGCCGUCACCUGGAGGGGAGAUCAGUGUGGUGGCAGAGUUCUGGAUGGGAGGAGCAACGGGAGGAGGAGGAGCAACAGGAGGAGGAGCAGCAACGGGAGGAGGAGCAACAGAAGGAGUAACGGGAGAAGAUCCAAAUGAUUCAGUAGAAAUUAAACCUACAGCAGGAGGAGCUGAUCCUCCAAUCAGGUCGCUCCAUGUGGGCCAGGCGGGGCCCUCGGAGGCGGGGCCCUCGGAGGCGGGGCCCUCGGAGGCGGGGCCCUCGGAGGCGGGGCCCCACACAGACUGGCAGUGUGCAGGUACAGACUGCAGAGCGGCAGAACAGAAACCGUCCUGAGAGUCCAGGUGUGCUGCCGGUCAUCAUCUCACCUGUCCGUGCCUCAGUCUGUCAGCUGAUCAGGCUGAUUGAUUAGCGAUCAGAAACAGGCCUCAACCUGCAGUUUUAGAUGAAAUUUUAAACUGAUUGAUUAGUUCAGUGCUAACCAACCUUUUUUUUUUUUUUUUGCUAACCAACCUGAGGGUCGGGGCCCAUGAGAGGCUCUCAGAUUUAUGGGUUUAACAGCUUCUAAUUGUCAAGAUUUGUGUUGUUUUGUUUUUGUUUUUUUUUGAUGAAUUUGUGUUUCCAGAGCAGAGAUCUGAAGACAGUGACUCACUUCAGUUCUUUGAAAAGUCCCACAGAUUCAGAACCACAAAUAUUUGGCGUUUUAACUUCAAAAAUUCCCCCCAGGGCUGACUGUAACGUCACUGAUUCUGUUGCUACGAGUUAAUUAACCUGCUGAUUAUUUUCUCCGUUUAUCUGUUUGCUUGUUGAAAAGCCCCAAACUUCCCAUCUGAAACACAAACUGUCAGACAAGACAAAGAAAGCAGCGAAGUCUCCCAUUUAAAGCUGAAAUAUUCGAUGCAUUUCCUUUUUCAAGUUUCUGAAAUGUUUGGUUUUCUUUCGGUCGCUUUAUUUUAUCGGUUUGUUGAGAGAAUCUCAGUGUUAGUGUCUCGUUUUGUCCAAACAUCAGAUUAAUAAUUUCUCAGUGAAAACGUACCAAAGCUGCUGCUUUAUCUGAGACAUCAUUUCUGAUCUAAAUCUUAGUGAAUGUAGAACAGCAGAGUGUUCAGGUCUGCCUUUAAUGUGUUCAGAAAACAUUCUGCAGAUAAAACAUUUAAAUGUGAUAAAUCACAGAGGAACAGUGGGAAUGAUUUUACUGUUUUGAUGUUUUACAGAUUUAAACUAUUAAUGAUCAGACGAGGCUGAAAAACAUCAGAAUUCUUCCUAAACAGAUUAAAGACAUUAUUAAAAUCUAAAACAUGUGAAACUCUCAGGUGUCUGUUGCAAAAAAAAAACACCAGACUGACCCUUUAAACACUGAACCUGGAGCCAAAUCAACUGAGAAACAUCAGUUAUUGAUCAGCGAUCGGCCCUGAUCCUGACAGACUGACGCACAAACUGAACUGUUGAGCUUUUUGUUUCCAUCUGCUUUUAUUUUGAAGAGACUCUGAGGACAGGAACUUUAUUUGGGAGCAACGGUCGGACUGAUUGAUCGAGGUGAUCAUCAAGUGAUCUGGUCGAUCAGGACUUCUGUCAGAAUGAAUGCCUUAUCAAUAAUCCUCAGACUGUCAGCAGCUGCUGAUUGGUUGUGCAAUACGACGUCACAGUUCAGGCUCCGCCUCCUGCAGCACGACGCCUCGGACACGUGAAAACAUGAUCGAUUGAUGCAGAAACAUUUUACGUGUGAUUAGCGUGUUCAAAACUGUGAAUUCUUAUCAGUAAUGAUCAGCUGAUCUGUGGUCAAUGACCUGAUGCAGACUAAUCAUUAACUCUCAGCAGCACUGAAACCACCGAUCAAUCGAUCAGUCGGCUGAUUGACAGAAAACUAAUCUGCAGUUAUUGAUGACUGACUGAUUUAGUGAUUUUUCUGAUUAAACGUCUCAAUCUUCCUCCGAUUGAUCAUCAAUAAACAAUCGAUUGAUCAAUGAAGUCGAUCAGCUGCGGCUCCAUCAGGAUGGACGUGAACACCUGUUAUUGAUCUCUUCUCGCUGGUGUCAUGAAGGAGGCAGAGCCUGAGUGUGACCAAUCAGAGACGGACUGAACCAAACUGGAGGGCGGGGGGUUGGGGUGUUUUCUGGGUGUUUCUUCUUCGUGCCUCACUGCUGGAUGACUGUAGCCUCAUUAGUUGAUCUGAAACUCAUCAAACUGUAUUUAACUGUCCAGUAAAACCAGUAAACCAGUGCCCACCAA